UUGCAACAUGCAAUGAUAAGACGCCUAUCUUCGGUAAUCAUUCUUAGUUAAAGGGCACUUCAGUGUUAAACUGUAACUAGAGCUUGGUUGUGCGGGUAAAUUUAAUUCUCGCCGAGUAGUGAUAUUCUAGUACGUGGAAAAAGAAUUACACAUUUGAUAGGGAGAAGUCAAAGUUCUAGUUUCCUUCCUUUGCAUUGUGUGCAUUUCUGAAAUGUACAGUACCUUUUCGAUAUGGAAUACGAACCAGAAGCUGAGAAUAUGUCCAGGACAUUAAUGUACCACGUGGACCGACCUGUAUAUAAUGAGGGAUGCAUCGAAACAGAGCUGCUGCAUAGGAAACAAAAGAAAACCCAGACAAUAAAAGAAAAGUUAUCUCAGAGUCUUCGCUGUUCUUCCAAGAAAUUGAAGUCUGCUGUGUACAGUUUCUUACCAAUUCUGACAUGGCUACCCUCGUAUCCAGUAAAGGAAUAUUUGUUGGGAGACAUUAUUUCUGGUUUAAGUACUGGAGUAAUGCAGCUACCUCAAGGUUUAGCUUAUGCAAUGCUGGCAGCUGUGCCACCUGUCUAUGGCCUUUAUUCAUCUUUCUAUCCAGUCCUACUGUACACUUUCUUUGGAACCUCAAGACACGUAUCUAUAGGCACUUUUGCAGUGAUAAGCCUCAUGAUCGGUGGAAUUGUGGUCCGGGAAGUUCCUGAUUCAAUGUUUGACAUUACAGCAGUUAAUGGAACCAAUAACACAGACAAUCAACUGGCACGGGAUGCCAUGAGAGUGAAGGUAGCGGUGGCUGUUACUUUCCUUACAGGAAUCAUUCAGUUUUGCUUGGGUCUUCUUCGGUUUGGCUUUGUUGCCAUCUACCUGACAGAGCCCCUGGUCCGAGGGUUCACAACAGCAGCUGCUGUGCAUGUGGUGGUGUCACAGCUAAAGUACCUCUUCGGGAUAGAAACAAAACGCUACAGCGGGCCUUUAUCAGUCAUAUAUAGCUUCAUCGCAGUAGUUUCGAAAAUUACAACAACCAAUACUGCAGCAAUAACUGUUGCAUUAAUUUGUAUUGUGUUUCUGGUGGGGGUAAAAGAAAUCAACGAACGCUUUAAAAAGAAGCUGCCAGUUCCAAUACCUGGGGAGAUCAUUGUGGUGAUCAUUUCAACUGGUGUCUCAUAUGGGAUGAAACUCCAUGAGAACUAUGGAGUAGAUGUUGUUGGAGAAAUACCUGUUGGGCUCCUUCCUCCUGCUGUUCCAGAUUUCAGCAUAUUUGCUGCCGUAAUAACAGAUUCCUUUGCCAUUGCAAUUGUGGGCUUUUCUAUGGCUGCAUCAAUGUCCAAAAUCUUUGCUCUUAAACAUGGCUACACUGUUAAUGGCAAUCAGGAGCUGAUCGCAUUAGGCUUGUGUAAUUUUUCAGGAUCGUUUUUCCAGACAUUUGCCGUCACCUGCUCAAUGUCCCGUAGUCUUGUCCAGGAGAGCACAGGAGGGAAAACUCAGAUUGCAGGAUUAUUGGCCUCCAUUGUGGUUCUCCUAGUUAUUGUGGCUAUCGGUUUUGUCUUUGAAACAUUACCUCAGACGGUUCUGGCAGCGAUUAUUAUGGUGAAUUUGAUAGGGAUGUUUAAACAGUUCAGAGACAUCCCUGUGCUCUGGAGAACCAGCAGGAUUGAACUUGCCAUAUGGUUUGUGGCUUUUGUUGCAUCUGUUCUCCUGGGAUUAGAUUAUGGACUGCUUGUGGCUGUUGCAUUUGCAAUCAUCUCUGUUAUUUACAGAACUCAAAGUCCAAAAUAUACAAUUCUUGGCCAGAUCCCGGAGACGGAUUUAUACUGUGAUAUUGAAGAGUACGAGGAGGUAAUGGAGCAUUCUGGUAUUAAAAUAUUCCAAGCAAAUAGCCCGCUGUACUUUGCCAAUAGUGAACUUUAUGUUAACGCCCUAAAAAAAAAGACAGGAGUGGAUCCUGUUGCGUUACUAGCUGCAAAGAAAAAAAGUCAGAAGAAACGAGAAAAGGCAAAAAACCAAACAAAGACAACUAACAAGAAAAGAAACUCAGCUGUUAAACUUGGCUUAUUUUCAGUUAUACCCAGGUCACAAAGUGGCAGUACUGUAAGAUUGACCAACGAUCAGGAGAUGGGUGUCAAACAUGAGCUUAUGGACGGAGAGACUCACACAGACUUAGUCAGGAAUGGACAGUUUGCAGCUGCUAAUGGAGAUGGAGACUGUGAGCAAUCCUUGAGAUUUUUGGACAGGUUGACGGGUGUUCACUCUAUUAUUUUAGACUUCACUCCUGUCACCUUUAUAGAUUCUGUUGGAGCAAAGGCACUUAAAUCUAUCAUGAAAGAAUAUGAUGAAAUUGGUGUUACAGUGAUUGUAGGAGCAUGCAGCAGAGCCGUAAUGGAGGAUCUCAGCAAACUUGAUUUCUUUGAAGGUUCCAUCACCAGAGACCUUGUCUUCCCAAGUGUUCAUGAUGCUGUGCUGUACUGCCAGUAUAAAGGAUCUGUCGAACCCUUGGAGUAAUUAAGAUGAUGAAACGGAACUAAUCUCUGCAUCUAGUGCGACAAUAAGACGUAGAGAUCAUAAGAGGUUAUUUGUUAAUCUGUUAAAGUGCAAUUUAAUUUUUAUUGGGUUUUGGAAAAUAGAUCUACUUUUUUUUUUUUUGUUAAAGCAGGGAUGUGGUUUUAAUUGAUAGUUUUUUUGAUUAAAAACAUUCCAGUACAAGUGCAUUGAGAAAAAAUUCUAUACAGGUGUGUAUCUUUUAUGAUGCACUCAUCUGGUGACACUGACUAUAAUGUAAUGUACUGAACAGAGAGAGAGAGAGAGAUGUGUCUUUUUAAUAGGGAGGGCUGUAAGGUUUUUAUGCUGUACUUUCAGGCUGCUUCCUGGACUCAUUUACAACUACGUAUUAGAAAGCUGCUUAAACUGAAGCUUUACUUACAGCUUGGUUUUAUUUUAUGUUUUAAAGUAAGUGUGGUAAAGUUGUUACAAAGUCUUCAUCAAUAGCUGCUUGUUUGAGAAAAAAAUGUAGUGUACUUACUGGAAUUAAUUUUGUCAAUUGGGUAGUGCCAUAUUUAAGGAUUUUAAUGUUUAUUUAUAAUUCAGGGUUGCCAAAUUCUAAGUCUGGGCUAAGUGUGUGUAAAUUUAUAUAUAUAUAAAAAAAAAAGUCCCUACUGCCGGAAUAAUGUGCAGUAUUGUGUAUUCUAUUUUUGUGUGGCGUAAUGUGUGCUUACUGGCACAGAAUUAAUACAAUAUUUUUGUAAAAACAUAUUUUUGAUUCAACAUGCACCAGUAUAAAGUUAAAUUUAAAUAAAGUGUUUUGAUAAUUUGUUAGGUGUAUUUAUGUUAAUAUUAAUCAAAUAAUAAAACAAUUAAACUUUUGA